GACAACUGUCAAUCAGUUGUAACGUACGUACACACACACACACACACACACACACACACACACACACACGGUCCCGCCCACCUGCACCUGCAGCCGGGUGGUCUCGAGCUUCCCGCGGGACAGAGGCACAGCCCAGCACGCGAGAGCAGUGAGCGGCAACAGCCAGGAUGGAGGAGUCUGGUCUGCUGAAAGAGAGGCUACAUGCCAUCACUGAGAAGCAUCGCAUUCAGGAAGACAUUAGACAGAAGAAACUGGAACUGGACCAAGAGAAGCUCAAACUGCAGCAUCUAAAGAAAAAAGCUCUGAGGGAACAGUGGCUGCUGCAGGACUCAGCUUCCCACAAUGCAGCGGAUUCCCCACGGCAACAGAGCCUUCGGUCUGACCAGCAGCAGACCAGAGCACUGCAGCUCAACAUCCACAGGAUAGAAAUGGAGGUGGAGUCUCUGGAGAGAGAGGAGUCUAUGAUCUCUAGCAACGAGAGCUUCAUCCUCAACAGACUGAAGGCUGUGGAGAAAAGUUCAGAGGACAUUAUCAAGGAGGUUCAGGACAGCUUUGUUCCUGAACCAUUACACCAGGUCACCAUGGUGAUCCCUGAUGUCCCAGAAUCCUUCUCUCCACCAGAUACACCAAGAAAGACUCUGUUUGCUAUGGAGAUCAAUGUGACCAAAAACCUGUCAACUGGGGAGAGCUCAGUACUUUCUACUGCUACAGUUCCUCCAGACGAGUUAAACCAACACACCGGGCUCAAGGUUUACGACGAUGGCAGAAAGUGUGUUUAUGCACUGAAUUCACAAGAGGGUUCACGUGAUAAGAGCUGUGUGUCCGAGCUGUCGGCCAUCGAGGUGGAACAGUUGCUGAGAAGCGCUACAGUGCAUCGCCAAAUAAACCAGCAAAACCACCAGCAGACUCACAGCAGAAGGGAGGAGCAUUGCUUUUACAACCACCAACAUGAGAGAGGCAGACUGAACGGCUGUGACCUCAGAGACCAGGGACAGCGUUACAGUAGCCAUCUCCUCAGAAGCAACACAACGGAGAAAGACUUGGGCUGGCCGAGAAAACCAGGACCGGAGCAUCACUAUGGUCACCAGGAAAGCCAUUACAGGAGGCAGGAAGAGAGAAAUAACCAAAGCAACCUGAGGGAAAGUCAUCGUCUGGGAAACUACAAGGCGUUGGGACAUCACUACGGCAACCAGAAAGAUCAUUACUACAGUUCGUACCACGUGAGAAACUGCGCUCAGGAAGAUCGGCCUACUAGCCGCCACACCAACGGCAUCAUCAGAAGCAAUAGUAUGGUAAAUGCAGGGAGAGCCAAUGGCUGCCCUCCUCCAAGAUCACAUGACCAGGAAGUAGUGUCCGCCUACCAACCACAGCUGUGCUACACUCCAGCCAAUUAUAUUCCUCUCAGGGAUUACAUCAGUGUGGAUGAGGAAGAGCUUUAUUGUUUCUGUCCAGCCUCCAAUAACAGUGAUGACAGAAACCCACCCACUGAUGUGUAUAGUGGCUCCACCCACUCUCACAGAGUGCCCUCCCCCCUUUAUGAAGACAAUGCUCCCUUCACCAUCCUCAACACGGUGGAUGCCACUGAGCCAAUCACAGCUAUCUUCAUGGGCUUCCAGCCGGCGCAUGAUGACAGUGGGCCGGGUCAGGAGUUUGAGGGCGCCCUGAAGGCAGAACUGGUCAUCAUUGAGGACAACGAAGAAAACGAAGACGACAGCAGCAUGAAGGAGACGAAGGGCGGCAGUUCUCAAGCAGGAAGUUUAGCCAAUGGAAAGACGGGACGUGUAGAGGGAAGCGGAGACAGACAGACGCAGAGAUGGGGGGGACCAGGUAUCAAAAAGAUAAAGAAGAAACACAAACCCUGCUGUGCUGUCUGCUGACUAACGCACGCCUCAGUGUCUAACUCAAUAACUGCUCCAUCAGACUGCUAACCUCAUGACUAACUGCAAACACCAGCACUGAAACUGUAAGGCAGGAACCAAUCACGUUUAGUGUUACUGAUCCUGAACUAUACAUGGUAACUUACCCAUAGGUCUCUAUGGUGGGACUGACAAAUAAACCCUCUGAACUGAGGGUGAAUUCAGCUUUACCUAUUUAAUAAAUCAAUGACUAUACUUACAGUUAGUCUGCUACUCUACUCAACUUAGCCAGCUCUCAGCUGAUUCUUUCCACCUAACAUUUCAACUCCAGCUUGGACCUUUAACUGUAUGGUUCAGUCUCCUCAUUGUCAUCAACCUUUUCUCGCAGGCGGCAGACAGACACAGUUAGAGAGUAGCUAGUGAGUACAUUGAAGCACUUAACAACUAAAGAGACACAUCUGUUUUUGAAAGGAGAGUGAACAUCAGUCAGGUGGACAGGUUCAGCAUACCACAUAAAUGCUUGUUGUGUUCUGUGCUGGAUGUUUGUUUGCUAAGCUGUCAGCCUUAACAGCAUGUCAUGUGUGUUCUGUCCCCACAGUCAGCCAAAGAAAUCAACUAAUACAGCUUAAAGCAACAAUAUACACAAACAUUUACCAUUGAAGUAUGAACCGGUCCAGCCUCUGCAGACGUGGAGGGUCGUGUUUUCAUCAUUAACCGUGUUCAGCUUCAAUUCAGAAGGGUGCUAUGAAUUUCAAUGGUAACUAAAUAUUCAAAUAUGCUUUAAGCACCUGCAGCUUAAUGCACUUCUGUCUAAAUGAAAAUGUGCUCUUGAAUGAUACAUAUCAUACUUGAAUGAAUACAAACAUGCAGAUGUACAAUGCAAUAUGAAAACCAAAUACAGAGUGUUAAAGAACUUUGAAUAAUAGAACAUUGUUUUAUGUGAUAAUGCAACAUAAUGAGAAGAAAGAUCUGGAUUAUUAAACAGACAGAGCGAGUCCAGUGAGCUGCUGUCCUAUAGCUCCCUCUGCUGGUGUAGUUCAUAAUGAUGAGCAGCUAUAAUAUGAGUGGACCCCGACAUAAUGAAGAAAUAUUUCAGCUAAAGCUAUAUGAAUUUAUAAGAUGAGCUCAACACUGUUUUUAAACAAGUGCUUUUGUAGUGGUGUAUAGUGCUGUAGACUGUAGCACACUGGUCUGUGACAGCAAUUUCAUUUCAACUGACUAAUAGUGCUCGAUAUGAGUCCAAUAAGAAUAUACGAGUGACACAAUUAAGUUAAUUAGCCAUUAGUAGAAAAAAUGUAGAUCUUUCAAGGUUUGGUGCAGGUUUGAUAUGUUAUGUAUGUUAUGCAUAAAGACAGAUGUUUUGUAAAGAACUGUUUCCACAUUUUUAUACUAACUUCAAAUGUUUGAAGUGUACAUAGUUUGUCUGAUGAUGAGCAUGUGUAAAGAUGAAUGACACUAAUAAACCUUUGUUACUGAUGGAUGCUAACAGCCUGAUCUGUGCUGGUCCAAUCCUCAUCACACUGUGUGUGUGUGUGUGUGUGUGUGUGUGAGAGAGAGAUGUUAAUCUUGUGUGAUGUGAAUCAGCUCAGAUGUCCUUCACAGAGUCAUUCUACAUAUCAGGCUGUUUGUUUAUAUUCACAUUGAUUCAUUACACCGCUAUCUGUAUGUAAAACAUUACAUCUUAGCGUUAAUGUGUGUGUGUGUGCGUAUAACUGACAGCAUCAGGUCCAAUGGCAUUAAAGACAGUACUUGUAUCAUUAGCACUGACAGACAGCCAACA